AUGGCUCCUCCGGCUGGCGGGAAGCGUAAACGCGGCGAUAGGUCAUGGUCCGGAGAUGCGGGAAACGAUGGCCCGCGACCGUCUCCUCAUCGUCCUGGAAAUCUCAACCUGGCCCAGCAGCAACAACAAUACCAGUUCCAUGGCCAAGGUCGGGAUUCGCAGGAUAACCGUGGCAGAGGGGCCAGAAGAACAAGCAGAGGCAAUAAUCGGAACGGUACACCAGUGUCGAGAGGAAGUGACGCUCACAACUCUCAUCAGAAAGAAAGCUCUCCCUCAUCGAGAUCUGUCAUGCAAUCGCCUAGAGAACACCAGGAACUAUCUCAGCCGACUAAACCUCAAGCGACCUACUAUGCUUACGAUUACGUGACACAGGAGUGCAUUGAUAGCUGGAUGUCGACGGGAAAGAAAAAUAUCGUCUUAGCUGGGAUCAGCGCUCGGAAUAUGAAAGAUUCCGCAGUUAUUUCGUCUGUCUUCCAGGAAAUUAUCCAUUCAGUUUUUGAAGGCCGAAUAUCUGCAGUCGAUGGCGGGACGUGUGUGAAGGAGAUUAUAGGCGAUGAUGGGGCGACCGACAUGGGUGAACUGAGCGGCCCAAUUAUUCCAAUUUUCGAUGCACGUUCUCUUUUCCUUGAUACCCUCUCUAUUUUAACAGAUGCGGAUGCAUCACAUUCGAAUCUUCGUACCUUUGUAUUUUCGACAGGAAUCUCGGCUUCGUUGAUGCGGCAACAGCUCGAAACCCCUUUGCUACAGUCCCUUGGCCUAAUCCGCGACACCUUUGCUCGUAUGGGUAUUCGUAAACAGACGAAUCUACUUUAUCGACAGUCAAAUUAUAACUUACUACGAGAAGAGUCUGAAGGAUACUCUAAAUUGUUAACGGAACUGUUUACGACUAGCAACAAUGAGCCCCCGUCUGCCGAAGUUGUUGAGGAUACUUUUGAAAGAGUCAAAGCUAUGAUUGGAGCAUUUGACAUGGAUGUUGGAAGGGUACUUGACGUUACGCUAGAUGUAUUCGCUGCAGUUCUCGUGAAACAGUAUCGAUUCUUUGUUAAGUUCCUUCGAGUCAGCUCUUGGUGGCCGAAAGACGAAAAUAUCCUUCGCCGAUAUAGCGUAAUCGCGGAGCCGGGUUUACCGAAAUGGGCGCUACCUGGAUCUGCCGGAUGGUCUACAACAGAGGAAGACCGGGAAGAGGCUCUUCGUAUGAAUGAGAAGCGAGAUCGUCUUUUCUGGGACAGAGCUCGCAAAGUUGGCAUCCGUGCAUUUUUCGAAAUAGGCCGAAGCCAGUUAUUAGACCAAGACCAAUUAAAGUCCAUAUCCGAACUCGGAAAUGGCGCCCCAGAUGAUGAAAAUGAGACUCGGAAGUGGAUCGAGCAAACGGGAACGCUCCCACCAAAAGGAAAUAGAGUUGCAGCGCAACUUCUGGGAUUCAAGUUACGGUUUUACUCGUCCAAUGCUCGAAAUUCCUUUGACAUCUUACCCGAUAAUCUCAUCUAUCUAGCUGCUUUGCUUAUCAAAGUUGGUUUUAUAUCUUUACGAGAUCUGUACCCUCACCUUUGGCGUCCCGAUGAGUCUAUGGAUUCGCUGAAAGAAGAGAAAAUGAAAGAAAAAGAGCAAAGAGAACUGGCCUCUAGGCCUGGCGCUGGCACAAUGAAUGCUUUGAUGAUGGCUGGUGCUUUGAGUGAUGACACCAUGCCGGUACCGGCUCCCAGACCUCGAGAGGCCGAUACUCGCGCAGCAACACCUGCUAAGGAUCAGGAUCCGGAUAAGACGCCUCAAUCGAAAGUCGAUGAGACCAAAGACACAUUACCCGAACCAGCUGACCAGAAAGUGCUUCUAUUGAAAAGCCUGCUUGCUAUUGGUGCCUUGCCGGAAUCCCUUUACAUCCUUGGUCGAUUUCCUUGGCUAUUAGAUGCGUAUCCGGAGCUCCCAGAAUACAUCCACCGUAUAAUACACUAUUCUCUGAGCAAACUCAGUGGUUUGUCGCGACCAAUGUCGUCAAGGAAUGACAUUAAGGAUCAAAAGAAGAUCGCCAGUUCAGAUCAAGCAAGCCUUCCAAAGGGACAUAUCCGUUUGGCUGAUGGCCCCCCUCGACGUGUCCUUCGUUGGGCGUUGCUAGAUAGAGAAGAUACCAACGAUGGAACAGAUUAUCGAUUUUACUGGGACGAUUGGACUGAUAAUAUACCCAUUUGCCAGACAGUAGAUGAUGUAUUCGCCUUGUGUGAAUCAUUUUUGAAUCUUUCUGGUGUUAAAAUCGGACAGGAUCCAGGACUGUUGACAAAAUUAGCCAGGCUUGGGAAUGAAAGUUUACUUAGCGAUCCGUCGGACUCAAAUCGGACUCGAUGGCGAGAUCUUUGCAAACGUCUCCUGGUCCCUGCUUUGAGUUUGACGAGAGCGAAUCCGGGAGUUGUAAACGAAGUUUUUGCACUGUUGAGUCACUUCCCGCGAGAGGUGAGGUAUUCCAUUUAUGCUGAAUGGUAUUCUGGCCAAACUUCCCGACUUCCUGAUAUCAAAUCCGCCUUCGAUCAAGCGCGAGCGGAAACGAAGGACGCUCUUAAAAGAUUAAGCAAAACCAACAUCAAGCCGAUGGCUAGAACCUUGGCAAAAAUCGCGUACGCUAAUCCGGGAAUCGUUAUCAGCGUCGCGAUAAACCAGAUCGAAGCAUAUGAGAACUUGAUUGAAGUUGUAGUGGAAUGCGCAAGAUAUUUCACCUACUUAGGAUAUGACAUCCUUACCUGGUCACUAAUCAACUCUCUUGGGCAGAAGGGAAGGAGUCGGGUUCAAGAGGGAGGGCUUCUAACUAGCAAAUGGCUCAAUGCCCUUGCAUCCUUUGUCGGUAGGGUAUUCAAACGAUAUUCUACCAUCAUGGACCCUGUUCCUGUCCUUCAAUACGUUGGCGAACAGCUUCUAAAAAAUAACUCCACCGAUCUAGUUAUUCUAGAACAACUUAUAAGUUCGAUGGCAGGAAUCGUGACUGACACAAAUUUUAACGACUCCCAAAUUCAAGCUAUGGCCGGCGGCGAACUACUACAGUCUCAGACCAUGUUACAACUUCUUGAUAAGCGCCACGAAUCAAAGAUGACCUCCCGGCGACUUAUGAAAUCUUUGGCAGAUUCAAAGCUUGCGGGACAGCUUCUCAUAACUGUUGCACAGGAACGGGCCACCUGUAUAUUCAAGGAAUCCGAGGCUGAUGAUGAACUAAAGCUACUUGGUAAUAUCUUUGACGAGAUCCAUCGAGUAUUAACUCAAUACAUCGAUCUACUUAGGAGCAAUUUCACAGUUGAGGAAUUUGACGCUUUCGUGCCUGACGUUGCAAGCCUCAUUGGUGACUUUGGAUUGCAGCCCGAAGUGGCAUUCUGGAUUACCCGGGCUAGUGUUGCACAUCAGAUUGCGGAAGUCGACGCGAAGAAACGGGAGGAGGCUGCGAAGAAAACGGAAAGUGAACCUGCUACUCCUGUUGUCGCAUCAUCGAAGAGUCCCGGUGGAGAUAUGGCAAUGGUCGAUGAUGGCGAAGCUGUGGAAAAAGAAUAUCCAUCUGAAGAUGUGAUCAUGGCUACUGAAGAAUCUGUCCCUAUUUCCAAUGAUAGCCAGAACGAGACGCCGUCAAACCUUCCGUAUACUCCACUUCCAGCUAAAUCUACCGCAGAAAACCUACCAUGGCAUCCAGUUCUCGAAAGCGUUAUGGAAAAAAUCAAAAUCACAAUGCCAAGAAGCACAUGGGAGGUUGUUGGUCUUCCAUUCUUUGUAACGUUUUGGCAACUGUCACUGUAUGACAUUCAUGUUCCUCAACGCGCUUACGAAGAGGAACUGGAACGUCUCAAAAAAAGGAUCCAGGCUAUCUCCCAAGACAGGUCCGAUGUUAGCGUUGCUGGUACUUUGAAAAAGGAGAAAGAGAAAAAACAAAUUAACGACCUCCACGACCGAAUUCUAGCGGAGAACAAGACCCAUCUUAGAUGUUACGGUUUAAAUCGUGCAAGAUUACAGAAAGAAAAGGACCGGUGGUUUAUUGGAUUGAGAGGGAAACAUGAGGCCCUCAACAUUGCGGUCAUGGAACAGUGUCUAUUACCUCGACUACUUCUCUCCCCUAUUGACGCUUUCUACAGUUUCAAGAUGCUAAAAUACCUACACUCCUCAGGAACACCCAAUUUCCGAACGGUGGGAUUCCUUGACCAAUUGUUUCGCGAGCAGCGUUUGACUGCAAUAAUUUUCCAUUGUACAUCUAAGGAAGCUGACAAUUUUGGUCGUUUCCUCAACGAGAUACUACGUGAUUUAACUCGAUGGCAUGCCGACAAGGCUGUCUACGAGAAGGAAGCGUACGGGGCUAAAAGGGACCUCCCAGGAUUCGCUAUGGCUGUGGACCAAGAGGGAAAGCCGAAGUCUUUUUUGGACUAUGAGAACUUCCGUCGAAUUUUGUACAAGUGGCACCGCAUUUUUGGCGCUUGCUUAAAGACCUGUCUUUCAGGAGGCGAAUAUAUGCAUAUCCGCAACGCCAUCAGCGUAUUGAAGGCCGUGGUCCAACAUUUCCCUGCAGUUAACUGGAUUGGCCGAGACAUGCAUACUUGUGUUAACAACCUGAAAACCAUGGAUCCACGUGACGAUGUCAAAAUUCCAGCUGCUUCAUUGAUUGGGGAUUUGAAUAGAAGGGAAAAGAAGUGGUUACUUCCACAAGCGUUCAUGAUUGUGAGUCUACCUGCGAAAAUUAUGGAGGGCGGAGCUAAUUCGCCGAAGAAUGAAUCAUUACCGGGUGACAAGGCCAAAGUACGGACACCGCAGCCCCCGUCAACUACUCCCAAACCACUGAAUGCUUCAGCUCCUGACUUUAAACCAUCUGAGACGUCAACCACGGUAAAUGGUGCGAAGCCUUCAGGGCCCGGGAAAUCAGAGGUUGAAGAUGGCGAGAUUCAAGACGCGAAAAUGUCAGAAGCUAGAAUGAACGAUGCAGCCACAAAACAAGAACUGACAAAAGAUGACACCCAACUGCAACAAAUACCUGACACCUCUAGCACCGGAGAACGCGCCGCUCCAAGUAGAACGGCGCGAACAGAACAGAGUGAAACUCACGCGGCAACACAAGAAGCGCAGCCAGCGAAACCAGUGAAGCCUGCGGAGUCUGCAACGACUUCUACACAACUCCCUUCACACCCCCCCGUGGCCACUCUUGCGCCCCCAGCAGAUACACAAUCCCUUGGUUCGGGUCGUGGUUCAUCCUCACCUGCCCCGUCACGAGUAGUUGGUAAAUCACCUUCUGAAACACCCCACCCGCCAAGCAUCCCAAAACGUCCGGAUGUAGAUCGAUAUCUUUCUCAGUCUGGACCUCCCAUCCGCCCUCUCCCUAACCGACCGGAACCUCCUCGAUCAUUUAAACAUUCUGAUGAGCGAACUGCCAUGAGGCCACCCAGCAUUCCAGAAGAACGAAGAGAUUCUCGAGACAACAGACACCCAGAUCGCCUUGGACGAUUUGGUGGACCGGAUCGCGAGAAGCUGUUUGAGCAUUCCUUCCCUAGCGAUCCCCGAGGCCAUGCUCGCCAAAAUGACCGGAUUGGGGAUAGAGAUAGGCUUGAUGGCCCUCGGAUGGAGAGAGAUUUUCCUCUGCGGCCCUCCGAAGAUCAUCUUGGACGUACAAGCUACAGAGACCCGCACGCCUCUCCAAGAGAUCAGGAAUGGCCUGACAGGACGAACAGAGCGAGGAUGCCCCAAGCAGACGCCUUCCAAGCUCGGCAUGAAUCAGAGCGCCUUUUUAGAGAUGGCGAUAUACAUCAAUAUCGACCUUCUAAUGUUUCAGAAUCUCACGAUCGAGACCAUCCUCCACGCCUGUCUUACCCUGAACCCCCAUCUCACCAGCGACAUGAGCCUCCAAGACCUGAACGGGACGAUAGAAGAAGCUGUGGCUCGCAACCUCCUAGCCCUACCACAGUUGAAGAUUCCAAUCCACCUAAUAGACCUGAGAAGCGAAAUGAGCGUGAAGAGAAGAAACUUGCAAAUCUUAAUGCUCACCCAUUAUCACGCUCAGAGGAUCUCCCAACGGGGCCAAGAGGAGACAGAUCCACUCAUCCCGCAACGGGUGAUAACCGUCAUGGCCAAGACUCGCGAUCAUCGUACCCGCCACCAACGUCAGACUCGUCCUAUGGCAGGUUGAAUCAAGAUUCGAGAUUUCCCUCACGCUCGCAGGAGCAGUUUGAGAGGCCUCAAGAUAUCCCGUCAGGCCCAAGGAGAAAUCCUUCCCAGCGUGGUGGGAGAAACGCUCCGUUGUUGCAGCCUCUUCCAAUUCCGCCACAAGCUUCGGACCGCCAGCCACCCACAGGACCAUCUCACCGACUACCCACGCGGAAUCCUCCCCAUCAGGAUCAGCAGUCCGCCUCAACUUCGUCAUCUGUGCCUGUUCCCCUGGACAAUGUUGACACGUCCGGCAUUCAUCCUGACCGCCUAAAAGCACUACAAGCUCCCGGGGACGAUGGAACUCAACCGUCUUCGCCUCCAUCAACCUUACCACCUUCCGGUCCUCGGAGUGGUGGCCAUCAACAUUCUGUCCCUCCGACAACCACUCGAGGGGCACCUGGACCUUCAUUUCCAGGAGAGAGGGGGCGGGCAGAUAAACGAUUUGCAGGCUUGAGUAGCAUGCUUCAGCAAUUUGGGGGUGCAGCAGAUAAACCCGGGAUGGGGACUUCAAUAAGGGGAAGGGGUGCGAAUCGCGCUGGUAGCAAUUCAAUCAAUGCUCCAUCACCUCAAUCUACCAGACCACAAACUCCCGUUGGAGGGAAGGCUGACAAUUAUUCUGGUUCCGCACCUUCCUCAGGAACGCCAAGGCCAGAGCUUUUCCCUGGUCGCUCUGGCGUCGGACAGACACCACCACAAGAAGAAGCUCGUGGACUUACUCGAGCUGGCCGGAGAGCUGAAAUUAUAGAGAAGGCAGCAACAGAGUCACGACGAUCCCCUCAUCACUCCAGUGGUACUCAUACUCCAGAUCGGGAAAGAGAUCGUGAACGGGACCGUGAGAGAGAACGCCAAAGAGACAAGGACCGGCAAUACCGAGAUCGGGACCGGGAGCGCGACUCCAGUCGUAGAGUUGAAGAGGAAAGUGCGAGGCCCAGUGCUAAACGGGAUGAGUAUCGAGAACGCCAUCGAGACGGGGAUCGUGACCGUGAUAGAGGUCGGGCAACAGAAACCAGCACUAGGGACCAAGCUCGCAACUCACGAGAAUCCUCAUCGCGAAGAGCUGCUCAGAACUCGAGCGCAAACAGAGAGCCUGUCUCCGCUACCAGGCGGAGGGACAAGCGAGAACGUGAAGAGGGGCCCCAAGACAGCCACAACCGUGUCGGUAAUUCUGACCUUUCCCCGCUGCCACCUCCACCGCCUCCCCCACCACCUCCAAGCGAUCAGGAAGGCCGCAGAUGGAGUAGUGGUGGUCGAGGUGACGAUCGCAAUAGAGAUCGUGAGCGGGACCGCGACCGGGACCACGAUCGCGAUCGAGAUCGAGAUCGAGAGCGUCGAGAUGUGGGUAGCGGCCGUGGAGGUAAUGGUGGUGGUGGUGGUGGGACAGGCAACAACAGCAACAAUGGAGGCACUUGGCCCAGGAAACGCGGAAGACCCGCUGUCCCCAGCAUGGAUGGCCGAUCCAACGUUGCUGGUUCCGCAAGAAAUGGAGCUGAAAAUAAAAGGCCCAGACGCGGCCAUUGA